GUCGCCAGCUCCACUGGCCCAUCAUUGUUCGCCAACGAGGUUCUGGCCUCGUUGAUGGCCGUACGAGCUCGACAACUGACCCGGCAACCCCGACUAACCACGUGGCCUUGAACUGCGAUCGGGCUUGAGGUGGACCAGAGUCGCCCCUCGUCCAACACGACGCUUCUUGCCGCCCAAUGAUGAACUGCCUCUCAUGGUGGCUCCCGCUCUUUCUCAUCGCCAAGCCGGCAUGCCCGCCUGAGCUGCUCGUCCUCCUCGUUGUCAUUUACUUCAUCAAGACUCGGCCGUGCUUCUACUGCACCGCUAUCGUCAUUGGGCUCUUCUUGGCUACUUCAUACUGGGAUCAGCUUCAGCCAUGGAAGCCGACUGCUGACGCCUCGAGGCUGCUGAGAGUCAAUCUUCCCGGCACCAAGACUGGAUUCGACCUCGAUCUGGGCUGGUCUUGGAGGUAGCAGCGUGGCAAGGCGACAAAUCACCAGCCAAUAUCUCGGAACAAAGCGAAUAUCGAGUCAAGCAUCAAAAUUAAAGCUCAAUAGCAGCAAGGUGUGCUGGGAAGGCAGUGGCCGGCUGCUGUCCUCGCGACUUGAUGACGCUGCCCCGCACCUCUCAAUCACACUACCACCUACUCAUCAAACACGCAGGAUCCUCCUGGAUGAACAUCGCUCGACACGUAACCAAUGAAUAAGGGAAGAGCAUACGGUGGGAAGGCAGGCGGCAGCACCAGCGCAGCAGGG